CCCAUCAUGAGCGUGACUGCGUCUGUGCUUCCACGUGCGCGUCUACGCCUACGCUCACGCCAGAGGAUGCCGCCUGGAGACACCCGCCGGCAGCCCUUCGCCAGGGAGCUGCGCGAGGGGGGGGGAGGAGGAGGAGGAGGAGGAGGAGGAGGAGGAGGAAGAGAAGGACCGCGUCGAGGCGAGGCGGGCCACGGGACCGGGACGCUCGGCCGAGCGGCAGGGGGGGGCCCAAAGAGCCCCGUGGCCGGCCCGCCGUGCGCCAGCACGCCCCAGCGCAGGCGCGGUCCCGCAGCGCGCCGCGCGGGGGGGGGGCGCGGAGGGCGGGAGCGCGCGCCGCUGGUGGCUCGUCCUAUCCGUCGCCGCGCACGGCGAUGCCGCCGCGGAGCGGGAGCACGAUGUUGUUGCGCCGGACCUGCUCGGUGACCCUCCGGUCCAGGCCCACGGCUUUCUCGCACUGCGCCAACAGCUUCUCGUACUUGUCCCUUAUCUCCCGGAUCGUGUCGCCGCUCUGGGCCCUCUCCACCUUCAGUGGCGCAGUUCUGCUCCACCAGCCUGUGGACGAGGGCGGUGAGCCGCUCCAGCUUCUGAUCCGUCUGCGAGGCCUGUCGCCUCGCAGGCUCGCUCCACGCCAGGGUCGCGCGGGAGUCCAGCUGCCGCACCUCCUGCUCCUUCAGCGCCAGCGCCGUCGCGAGCUCCUCGCGCUCGCUGGACAGCUCGCUGACCCUCUCUCUGCUCUCCCGAAGCUCCUCCUUCAGCUCCUGGACCUGGUCGAGGAGCUCGGCCUCCGACAGGGCGGCGGUGCCGCUGGGCUCCGGCCGGAGCUCGCCAGCGCUGGGUCGCUGCAGCUGCUCGUACGUGGCGAGCUUCCGGCGGAGCUCCAUCACCGUCUUGUCCCGCUUCUCCAGCAGGACCCUGAGCUCGUCCGCAGAUCGCUCGUGGUUGAUCUUGACCACGUUCUUUAUCAUCUUGGCGCGCUGGCCGAAGCGGAGCGUGCUGGUCGUCUCCUGCUCGUUGAAGCUGGACGGCGAGCAGGUAUAAUGAGCGAGGUCUUCGCGUUGCCGCCCAGCGACUCCUGCAGGACCCUGGUGAGUUUUGAGUCCCUGUAGGGCACAUGUGCCUGUUUCUUGUCGGUCAGGGCGCUGAUGACGUUGCCAAGGGCGGAGAGAGAGCGGUUUAUGUUCUUGGCCUCGUCCAGGCGUUCACCAGACGAGCCCGUCUUGGCCACCUUCUCGCUGCCGGCGAGGUCCACCAGGUGCAGCUUGCCCACCCUCACCGAGCGAUCCUGCACGUUCUUCUGCUCGAUAGUCAGCGUGAAGACCAGGUGAGAUCUCGACGAGUGCUCGUUCAUGUUGGUCACAGCCAUCGCACGAUUGAUCUGGCCAGUUCGCAUUAGCUCCCAUUGGAUAUUUCUUGCUCGCACCCCACGUAGGACUCAGUGACUUCACCAAUGAAAACGCCAUUCGUCUUGUCCUCGUGGAUCUUUAAACUGUCUUUCUUCGGGUCCAGAAGAUCUCGGAUACGCUCAUUGUAAAUCUCCACGAUGGACACUUUUACCAGAAAUUCGAUGUGCUCGUCUGCGUGAUAAAUCCCGUUGAAAACCGACCAAACCAUUCGUGGGAUCACGCCCUGUUUGGUCUCGUCUUUCAUGCUAGGACCCUCCAUCGUGUAGGUCUUGCCUGACGCCGUCUGGCCGUACGCAAAUACAGUACCAUUGAAACCCCUCAGUACACCGUCAAUGAUGGGCUUCGCCGCAUAGUCAUAAACCUCUUUCUGUGAGGCAUCUGGCUUGAACACACGGUCGAACGAAUAACUUUGAUCGGCACCAGUCAUAUACACGGUGGUGUUGCUGCCGAGAACCUCAAAACACGUCUUGCCAUUGUGGCUCUGCUCAUUUUGAUUCUCUGGGCGAAACCUGCAGCAGACCUUGAUGCUCUCCUCCUUGGGGUCAUCAUCGUCCGUUGCCAUGCUCGUGCAUCACAGGCUGCCUUGUCCACGCGUGUUUAGGUUGAGCACAAAAGCCU